AUGGAUCCCUCGGAUCGAACGGGCCAACCUCAGUCAGGCCAACGAUCGAGUCAAUCAUCCGCCAUGGCCUCACCAACGACUGAUCGUGGUUUCACUGGCAGACACACUGAUAACCGUCCAGAUCAAGGCCUGUCGGAGAGCUUCCAAUCUACCGACACCAUCAGACGUCGACCUGAGAACGUAUCCUACGGAACGAUUCAAAACACCCCUCCAGAAGGCAUUGCCCCCGAUGUUCUCCCCGAAAUACAACCAAUCCGAACCCCCCAGCGAACAUCUGCUGACACCCGAACAAAGUCGAUCCCUCGCAACAGAAAGCCGCCAAUCUCCCGGCGCACAUCGUCCACCACCCCGCAUCGUGGAAGCGUAUUUUCCGCCGACGAUGAUACACACGAAGUAGAAGCUGAUGCCGUCGGAAGGGCCUACACCCCACGUCGGCGCCAAGGUCCUCUAGGCAGCGUUUCACGCUCACGAGUACGAGACGCCGACGAGCCAGACACCCGCGCUAGCUCGAUACGCGAAGAAGACGGAAUCGAGAGCGAGCGAGAAGAGGAGGAGAGCGAUGAGCUUCCUCUGGAGGAACACGUUGAUUGUGACACGGACGGUGAAAUCAGCGAUGCAGAGAGCUUCACUCUCAAAGACCGCCAACAGGCCAUCAACCAAACCCAUCCUUUCGGUAUUCGAGUCUGGAAGCCCGCCUUGUACAAGAAGGACCGUUCUAUUCAAAAGUUUGCAGAGGGAGAUAUUCACUCCAGUCCAGGGCGUAGUGUUAGCCCAUGGCUAUUGCUCUUCAACGUCGUUUGGACUGUCUGUUUUGGAUGGUGGAUGGCACUCUUUGCUGCCUUUGGUGCCAUCAUCUGCUUGCUCUUCGCAGCCGCACCAAGUGGCCGAGAGUACGGUAGAGUCCUAUGGGGCCUGUCAGGCUACUUAUUCUACCCGUUUGGCAAAUUUGUCCGCUUGGAAAAGGACGAGCAGUACUUGCAUGAAGACGGUAACGAAGGUCGCAGUAUCUCAGAAUACGAGCAGUGGCAGAAUGGCGAUCUAGAGUACGGUCGCCUCUUCUUUGGACCCGAUGGCAAUCGAUCCAUUGUCGGCCGCUCCCGACGCAGCAUUGACUCUGAGCGUAGCGAAACGGAAAGUCUCCUUGGCCGCCAUCGACGCGGAGAAAACGAGGCCCAGCAACGAUUGAAGCGCCGUCUAUUCGGCCGUGGUGAGUGGAACAUUGGACGAGUUAUCUUCUUUGUAUUCUUCUACUGUCUCAUCUCCCCGUCGCUUAUUGUGGUCUCGCUCAUCUGCUGGUUCUUGGUCUUCUGGAUUCCCAUGGGUAAAGUGACGAUGCUGCUCUUUGACCACUUGCGCCGUCAUCCUUUGGCCCUAUCUUUUGAGUCCCACGUUGGCUACGCUCGAAAUGAUGACGGCCCGGACUCUUCCAUUCUUUUGUGUACAUACCGUGCUGUCGGUUCAAAGUACUGGAAGUACACGAUUGACGGUACCAACAUUUUCCUCAUCAAUCUAAUGGCUGUCGUCUUCUUUGUUAUUGCGGACUGGCUCCUGUUGGACCACGUUUUAGGACCCGACUCGUUUAUUGCGUCUCCUGCCUUCUUGUUCGGAGCAAGUCUUGUGUCGAUCAUUCCGCUGGCGUACUUCAUCGGACAAGCCGUUGCCUCCAUCUCAGCACAGUCAUCAAUGGGCUUGGGUGCCGCUAUUAACGCCUUCUUCGCAACGGUAGUGGAAGUUUUCCUCUACUGUGUUGCUCUCAACGAAGGCAAAGGCCAGCUUGUCGAAGGCAGCAUUGUCGGUAGUAUUUUUGCUGGUAUUCUCUUCCUUCCAGGCAUUUCCAUGUGCUUUGGUGCUCUUAAGCGCAAAACCCAACGCUUCAACGCCAAGUCUGCUGGUGUUACCUCGACCAUGCUACUCUUUGCCGUGGUCGGUGCCUUUGGACCAACACUCUUUUAUCAAAUCUACGGUACUCACGAGUUGAACUGCCUUGACUGCGACGAAUAUGGCGCAACAGAGGGCCGCGACUGCCGACGUUGCUAUUUCUCCCAGGCGCCAGCAUUGGACGACCGAUUUUACUUGGAAGCCGUUCGCCCAUACUGCUACAUGGCUGCAGCUAUGCUUUUCUUGUCCUACCUCAUUGGUUUGUGGUUUACUCUUCGCACCCACGCUGCCGUCAUCUGGAACGCAGAGGUAGAAGAAAAGCGCCAUGAUGAUCAUGUUUCAGCGCCCAUGCGCGCUUCUCAGCCGUCUGUUGCUGAUACCAGUUCCACUGAUAUUCGAGACACUCACAUGUACAAACGCGUACUCGGACAGUCGCUUAAGCAGGUCGGGCUUCCCCCAGAUGUGUCGAGACAAGGCUCGUCCUCUCAAGAGAGCCCUACUACGCCUCAUGUUGUCCCACCCAAGGCUGGUGGCAGUGAUGGCUCCCGUGGUAAUCUGAGAGGCGUACCCGGAUUGAGCCAGGCAGAGAACAACAGUCUUGUGCGCGAAGUGGCCGAGAUUGCGGCCGCAGCAGCAACGAUUGCCUCCCGAGACAGACACCACUCACGAAAGUCAAGCGCAAUCGUCUCCAAGUCUCAACAAUCUCACUCUCGAAGCUUUCCUGAGGCCGAGGACGAUGUUACCGCUGCUGAAAACACCACGGCGCACGGUGGAGGGGGCCAUGAUGCACCAAACUGGAGCCGUACCAAGAGUUCCGUCAUCUUGCUCGGCGCCACACUCCUCUAUGCCAUUAUUGCUGAAAUCCUAGUCGACACUGUCGAUGUUGUCCUUGAAAGCUUUGCUAUUGACCAAAAGUUCCUGGGCAUCACGCUCUUUGCACUGGUACCCAACACCACUGAAUUCCUGAACGCCAUCUCCUUCGCCAUGAACGGCAACAUUGCCUUGUCCAUGGAAAUCGGUUCCGCUUACGCUCUUCAAGUGUGUCUGUUGCAGAUCCCCGCUCUCGUGCUCUACUCGGCCAUCUACCCGCAAAUCCCGCCCAACACCAACCCUGGCGACGUUGCCAUGUACACAUUCUCACUGCUUUUCCCUCAGUGGGACAUGGUGACGGUGAUUCUGUGCGUGUUCCUCCUGAGCUACGUCUACGGCGAAGGAAAGAGCAACUAUUUUAAGGGUAGCAUCCUUGUGCUCACGUAUCUUGUUGUUGUGAUUGGCUACUACUUUAGCGGCUACACGGCCGAUGCUAUGGGCAUGGAAAGGUUCGAUGUCAUGGGCUCUGACGGUACAUAUCAGAAGUUCAAGACCAUUGGCCGCUCCGUCAAAGGCAGGGCAUACCAAGCAUGA